AUGAAUACCAAGAUCUUUAUAGAGGAAGACACGGUUAAGAGAAGUGCCAUUAAGAGAAUAGUUGUGGUGGAUAGGAGAUCGCUGCCUAGAAAACGACAUAACAUGACAUUUGCUUAUAUUAAGGCUAAGACCAAUAGCCCGAAUCAACAACAAUACGACGAGUUCGAAUUCGCAAACAAAUCACAUUUAGAAAAGUCUUCCAUUCCCUACACUGAAGAAUAUUCGGGUAGUGGUGAAUUCGGUCUACAAAGUCCGACCGAGUCGCUGCCUUCGCCCGUUCGGCCGCCGCUCAGACACAUCGACAAAUACAUCAAACCGGAAAUACCGAAUCUCAGCAAGAGAUAUACAAUAGCUAUACUAACAUGCGUCGGUUUCAUGAUCUCAUUUGGAAUGCGGUGCAAUAUGUCGAUGGCAAAACUGAAAUUUCACAUAGGAUCCGAUGACGAUGAUGUCUCUACCGAGAAUAUCACCACGACCACACCUCACACGCCUUUGGGAAACACUCCCAUUCACGAACGGCCGAUCAACUGGUCCCUCGGGUCCUUUGUCGCCAUCGAGAUGUCGUUCUUUUGCGGAUAUCUGAUAACUCAAGUGCCCGGUGGUUUUUUGGCGUCCAUGUAUCCGGCAAACAGAGUGUUCGGGAUCGCUAUCGCCAUGUCAUCCUGUCUGAAUCUGUUGGUGCCUUCGGCGACUGAGAUCGAGAAAUCUUUAUACGUGAUAAUCAUCAGGAUGUGUCAAGGACUGGUCGAGGGCGUCACGUAUCCGGCUUGUCACGGAAUUUGGAGACAUUGGGCGCCGCCGUUGGAAAGAUCACGUCUGGCCACCAUAGCCCUGUGCGGAUCGUACGCUGGUGUGGUGGUUGGCAUGCCGCUGUCCGGUACUCUGAUCGACUGGUUCAGCUGGGAAGCGCCGUUUUACGUAUACGGAGUAUUGGGGCUGAUAUGGUACGUAUUUUGGCUGUGGCUGUGCUUCGAGAAGCCGAGCCUCCAUCCCACCAUUUCGGCCAGAGAGUUGAACUACAUCGAAUCGUCGUUGGGCGCCGCCAAACAGUCUGCCGCUCCGACAAUCCUCAACACGCCUUGGAAAGAAUUUUUCACCUCCAUGCCCGUGUACGCCAUCAUAGUCGCCAACUUCUGUCGGUCGUGGAACUUUUAUCUCCUCGUGCUGUUCCAGGCAUCGUACCUGCACUCGUUCAACUUCGAAGUGUCUGCAACCGGUUACAUCGGCGCUUUACCUCAUCUGCUGAUGACCAUAGUGGUGCCCCUUGGAGGUCUGCUAGCCGAUCACAUACGGAAAAACGGUAUCCUGUCCACGACUAGCGUCAGAAAGAUUUUCAACUGCGGAGGUUUUGGCAUGGAAGCCACGUUUUUCCUCGUGUUGGCCAACGCCCGCACUCCGCUCAUGGCUACGAUCGCCCUGACCUGUGGUGUGGCUUUCAGCGGGUUCGCCAUUUCCGGGUUCAACGUUAACCAUUUGGACAUUGCGCCGAGAUACGCUAGUAUACUGAUGGGCAUAUCGAACGGAAUCGGUACGAUAGCCGGACUUCUUUGUCCGGUCGCGAUCAACAUCAUCAUCAGGCACAAGACGAGGCAGAGCUGGAGCGAAGUAUUCAUACUGGCCGCCGUCAUUCACUACAUAGGGGUGGUGUUCUACGGAAUAUUCGCUUCUGGAGAAUUGCAACCGUGGGCCGAGCCCAAGGUCGAAGAAGAUCAACAAAUGGAUGAGGUGGGCGUCGACAAGAAGAGUAAGCUCUCGUCGUACGGUUCGGUCGAACAGUCGUCGGGCAAAGGGUUCGUGAACGCUGGUCUCAACACCAACUGCACAAUCGGAGAGACCGAACCAGCGCCGCCGACCGACAACCCGACAAAUCCGUUCCUGGCCAAGCCCACCACCAAUCCGUUCGCUGCCUCCGAGUGA